ACCAACUCUAAGUUCUCUUGAUACUACUGAUCUCUACUCAUACCUUGGUAUACUAGCUAAAGAUGUGGUCUGUUUGGCUUUCUGUCAUUAGCUUGCUUAUAGUGAUUGCCACGAACUGGCUCUAUAGGUGGAGGAACCCAAAGUGUAAUGGAAAACUACCUCCAGGCUCUAUGGGCUUGCCACUAAUUGGGGAGACCCUUUCUUUUCUUGUCUCAAACAAGUCAAUAGACAUGCCACCUUUUAUCAAGAAAAGGAUGAAGCAAUAUGGGCCAAUAUUUCGGACAAGCUUGGCAGGACGACCAGUUGUGAUAUCAUCUGAUCCUGAAUUCAACCAUUAUGUUUUUCAACAAGAAGGAAAAUUGGUUGAACGUUGGUACAUGGACUCUUUUGCAAAAAUUCUUAACGAAGAUGCUACAAGAAUUAGUGCUCAAACAAACAUUCAUAAGUACCUUCGGAACCGAAUCUUGGGUCACUUUGGUCCCGAAGUUCUCAAGGACAAGAUGCUACCAAAGUUGGAGGAUGCGAUGGAUCAAAGGUUGCAGGGUUGGUCUAAGCUAUCCAGUUUAGAAGUGAAGAAAAGCACAUCAGCUAUGAUCUUUGAUUUUACAGCAAAGCAGUUAUUCAGUUAUGAGCCAGAGAAAGCAAAGGAAAAUAUUGCUGAAUCUUUUACUAACUUCUUGCAAGGACUUAUGUCAUUCCCUAUUAAUAUCCCUGGAACUGCCUAUCAUAGAUGUCUACGAAACCAAAAGAAGGCAAUCAACUUGAUAACUACGAUGUUUGAAGAAAGAAAACGUAAUCCUGAAAUUCGCAAAGGAGAUUUUCUUGAUCAGAUUUUGGCAGACAUGAAAACAGAGACAUUCUUUACUGAUAAUUUCGUCAUCUAUACGAUGUUUGGGCUUCUCCUUGCGAGCUUUGAGACUAUAUCUUCAACUCUUACUUUGGCCAUCAAGUUAAUUAAUGAUCACCCAAAAGUGGUGCAAGCAUUAACGGAGGAGCAUGAAGCAAUUCUUAAGAACAGAGAAGAUGUCAAUUCUGGACUCAUAUGGAAGGAAUACAAAUCCAUGACUUUUACUCAUAAUGUUACCAAUGAAGCACUAAGGCUUGGUAGUGUUGCUCCUGGGUUUCUGAGAAGAACCAUCCAAGACAUCCAAAUAAAUGGGUAUACAAUUCCAAAAGGUUGGGCACUUAUGGUGGUUCCUGCUGCCCUUCAACUGAACCCAAAGACUUAUGAGGAUCCUCUUGCCUUCAAUCCAUGGCGUUGGCAGGACAUCUCAGCAAACGUCACAGCAAAAAACUUCAUACCAUUCGGGGCGGGCAUGACUUCAUGUGCAGGGGCCGACUUCAGCAAGGUUCUAAUGGCUGUUUUCCUUCAUGUCUUGUUCACUAAAUACAGGUGGACAACAAUCAAGGGUGGGGAGGUGAUUCGCUCUCCUACUUUAGGAUUUGGUGAUGGUUUUUACAUUCAAGUUUCAGCAAAGCAUGGAUGAUGAUAGAAAUUAAUAUACACUCGAUCAAGUGAAUCACAGAGUAUCACGACCAUAUUCUGGAAUCUGGACGCUAUAUUAUGAAAUAAAUAAAUAAAAACUAUCCCUAGUCCUAGAAAAUCACAGUUUUCAAAUAUAUGUUAAUAAAGUUGAUGAUUGUCAUCCUUUGUCGUUUGGUUACUUUGGUAGAUAUGAUCUUUCUGUAAGACAACUGGUGCCGUAUGGAACAACCAAACCAUCUACGUGUUGAGUACAGAAAAAAAAUAAGGUUGUUAUAUAUGUCUUUCAAUUACAAUAAAUAAAAAGUUGCUUUUAGUAUUA